CUUGCUGGGUCUGGCAGGAAACGAAACUUAUCCUGUUCCACGGUCUGCAGGGAGCCAUGGCUGCAGCUGUGAAUCCUCUGAAAAGCCUCCGAGAUGAAGCUACUUGCUCCAUCUGUCUGAGUUUUUUUAAGGAUCCAGUGUCUUUAGAUUGCGGGCACAAUUUCUGCCUAGCCUGCAUCACCCAGUGUUGGGAGAGACCAGACACAGACAUCUCCUGCCCUCAGUGCAGAGAGACCUUUCCCCAGAGGACCCUGAGGCCGAACAGACAACUGGGGAACAUGGUGGAAAUAGCCAAGCAGCUGAGUGUCCCAGCAGCAGCAGCAGCAGGAGGAGGUUUGUGCAACGCGCACCAGGAGCCUUUCAAACUCUUCUGUAACCAGGACCAAGUUCUCAUCUGUGUGAUCUGCAGGGAGUCCCAGGCUCACCGCGCUCACAUGGUGGUCCCUAUAGAGGAGGCUGCCUGGGAGCACAAGGAUCAAAUUCAAACCCGACUGAACAUCCUGAAGCAAGAGAGAGAAGAACUUCUGGAGUGGAAACAAGAUGGAGAGAUGCAAAGCCAGGAAUAUCUGGGAAAGAUAGAAGCUGAGAGAAAGAAGAUUGUGUCUGAAUUUGAGCAACUGCGGCAAUUCCUGGAGGAACAAGAGCGACUCCUGUUGGCCCAGCUGGAAGAGUUGGAGAAGGAAAUUGUGAAGAUACAGGAUGAAAAUGUCACCAAAGUGUCUGAGGAGAUUUCCCGUCUCAGUGACUUGAUCAGUGAGAUAGAAGAGAAGUGUCAGCAGCCAAUGAGUGAAUUCCUGCAGGACAUCAGAAGCACCUGGAGCAGGUGUGAGACGGUGAAGUUUGAGAAACCAGUGGCUGUGCCAGAGGACCUGAGAGAGAGAGUUGACAUCUCUUCCCAAAGAAAUGUUUGUCUACAGGAGUCUCUGAAGAAAUUCAAAGAGACCCUGCCCUAUCAACUGAACUUUCUGAUCUCAAAGGCAGAGAAAGAGGUGCAGGCCGCUCUGGAUCCAGACCUGGCAAAUCCUUGUUCCAUCGUGUCCACAGAUGAGAGUGUGAUACACAAAUACCAAGACACGAGCUAUUUAGUGCCACAGAACGAGUUUUACCCUGCUGCCUGUGUGCUGGGAUAUAAGGGCUUCAUUUCAGGGAGAUGUUACUGGGAAGUGGACGUGGGGAACAAAGCUGAGUGGGUUUUGGGCAUUGCCAAAGAGUCUGUGAUACAUGAGGGAGCGAUAACCUGUAAACCAGAGAUGGGGAUCUGGGCUUUGCAGAAGACAAGGUGUCAGUACUGUGCCCUCACCUCCCCUGAGACUGCUCUGGGACUACAUCAUAGACCCAGUAACAUUGGGGUUUACCUGGAUUAUGAAGGGAAGAAAGUUACAUUUUAUGACAUUACAUCUUCUGGCAGAAAGCCAAUCUUUACUUUCACAUAUUCUUUCACUGGGAAGAUCAUUCCCUUCUUUGGGAGCCGGCGUGUCGAAUUUCAGAGAACGGUACGGGGAGGCAUGGCAGUAGGUGGUCACUGGCAGGCAUACCGUUAACACCUGCGACAGAGGAACAGGGAGCACUCGAUAUGAGGUAUCUAAAGUAGAGCAAAGACAUAGGUAAUAUAUACAUUUCAGCUAUCACACUUUGCCAUUCUAAUCACAGUCUUGCCAGCCUCCAGCAUUCAAAAACUGUGUCAGGCCCCCCAAAAUCAGGAGAUUGGCUUAAAACAUCUUUUUAAAUGUUGUGUUAUUUUUCUUUCCUUCUGGCUUCCCAGCUUUCAGGGUGUUCUUCUUUCCUUUUUUUAACCUUUGCUACUCAAACAUGAAGGCUGGAAAUGUAUCUGUAAUAUAAUCUGAGCUCCCUCAAAUCUAUCUACUUCAGCAGCUGGGACUUUAAGAAAAACACCAAGUGCUGCAAGACUCACAAUAAAAUGGUGAGGGGAACAAGA